AGAAAAAUUCUAUUUGUGAUAUGAUAUCAGUGCAGAUACUCAGACGUUUAGAAGGUCGUAAAUAUGUGGUGCAAUUAUUUCAAUCUGCCAAGAAGGAGAGGUAUUCGUAUAUGGUUAUGACACUUCUUGGACGUUCGCUUAAUCAACUAUUUAAGCAAUAUCCUGUAUGUACCGUUUCGACGCAAGUUCGAGUUGGAAUCAAUAUUUUGCAUGGUCUAAAACAGUUGCAUGAAGUUGGUUAUAUACAUCGAGAUGUGAAACCAGCCAAUCUGGCUAUUGGUCGACGAGGUCAAGCUGUUCAUAUCAUUCACAUCCUUGAUUUUGGUUUAUCACGAGAAUAUGUAAUGCGAAGUAAUGGUAGUGUUAAAUUGCGAAUGCCUAGAACAAAUACUCUGUUCCGAGGUACGGUAAAAUAUUGCUCGGCUAACACCCACACACGUAACGAACAAGGCAGACCGGACGAUUUGUGGUCGAUGAUGUAUGUUUUGGUGGAAAUGCGAGGUCCGUUACCGUGGGAUGAUAUUCGUGGUAAGGAUGAAAUUGGAAAGGCAAAAUUUCAAACACUCGAUACGAUCUUGUGCAGUAAUAGUCCCAAAGAAUUUCUUGAUAUCACAACACAUCUUCGAACGUUGGAUUAUUACACGCGUCCCAAUUAUUCCUACAUUUAUGAAAGAUUGUAUCAAGUGAUGCAGAACUGUAAUUACAAAAUUAGCGAAUCAAAAAACUCGAAAAAUGGAAUAACUCGGGCAACAGCCUCAGAAGUGGUCAGUGAGGAUCUUUUCACGCCAGCAGACUUUGAAAGCAAUGAAACCGGAUUUUAA